CGUGGUCUUUUGCAAUGUAUUUAUUGGCAAACUUGGAAGGCAUCCAGUUAGACGUUCUUUUCCUCUUUCGCCGUUAAAAGCUACCCGCUUCUUGGAAUACCAAAAGUUUUCUAAACUCGAGAUGGACACAACGUUCAUCUUUAUUAUCGGACUCAUCAUGAUCCCCAUGAUAUCUGGGGCCCUGACCUUUAAUGCAACGCUUAUAUGCAGCCUGGUGGUCAACGGCACCAAGAUGAACGAUCCUCGGGCGUGCAACUCGUGGAUUCAGUGCAUCGAUGGGAGCGCAGUGAGUGGAAGCUGUGACACUGGACUCUUCUACGACAGGGAGAGCCAGAAAUGCCUGAGUUCCAGUAGCGUCAAGUGUCUGUCCAGUGAUCCGUGCGCUGCUCUGCCCACCGGAUUUGCGGCUGAUCCGUACUCCUGCAACGGCUACUACUACUGCAAGGAUGGCAAGGGGACGCACGGAGUGUGCAACACUGGAAUGAACUUCAAUCCGGGCACGCAAGACUGCAUCCGGGACUUUCCGUGCUCGAAUAAGAUGGACCCGGAUAGCUACUGCAAUAUCCUGCCGGAUGGAGUCUUUGUCAAGGACACGGACAACUGCAAUGGCUAUCAGAUGUGCUGGGGUGGCCAGGUGAUCAAUGGAACCUGUCCGGGCACCUUCUACUUCAAGGCCUCCUCGGCGCAGUGCGAUUAUCCGCAGGAUGUGGAGUGUGACUUUGUGCCAGUGCCAGAUAUCAGCGAGAAGGGUGUAUGUCCAGAUACGGGUGGAUUCAUAUCCGAUAACAAGACCUGCAAUGGCUACUACUACUGCAAGGACUUGGGCGAUGGAGAGUUCUCGCUGGAGCAUGGCACCUGCUCCGACGGAAGAUUUUUCUUGGCCACCGAUGGUGGUGCCUGUGUCCCGCGGUCCAAAGUGAAGUGCGGCUACGAUCGCUGCGUGGGAUUGGGCAAUUCCACCAUACAGCUGGCCAACGAGUCGGAUGAUGGAUGCAGGGGUUACUCGAUCUGCCAGGAUGGCAUAGCCAUUGGUCAGGGAACCUGUCCGCAGGACGAGUACUUUGACGAAAUUACCCAGCGGUGCACCACCCAGGUCAUAUCAUAUACCGCCUGCCAGAUAACGGAGGAAACCACUCGGUUCCAAGUCGAGCAGCUGACGGCCGUGAAUGAUGGCACCAUCUCCAUCCCGGAGUCGUGAGCAGCUAGGUAAAGGUACGCCUGUUAUCAGGCGUAGAUCAACUCUUUGUUUAGAUUUCGUCGAAUUGAUUGGACUACUCCUAUAAUAGCUCAACCAAAUUGCAAUGUACUUAAGUAUGAAUUGAUUAUUUCGAAAAGCUUAGUUAUACACUUAAACUAAUGAAAUCGUUUAUAAACUGACUCAUUCGUGAACCAUCCGAGCUAUAUCUUAUCCCGCCUGCCAGAAAGCGUCGGCUUAUGAAUGGCACUAUCAGCAACAUUCUGGUCUCGUGAGCGACGUACGCAAUCAGUUUUAAUUAGACAGUUUGUUUUUCAACGCCGAUUCAAUAAAUAUAAGUGGUGUAAUCAGCCGCAAUAACGAUUAGGUUACCAGAUCAUUCCUAGGCUAAGAUUUCCUUGAAUCGAUUGCCGAGGAACACUUUCGAUAACAUAAAACCGUGAUGUCAUACCCAAGAACACCACUUGGUAAAUUGGCGGUGGGAAAGUACCAGGGAGGUAGACAUUGGAACCCAUUCAUGGCUCAUAAGUGAUAUCAGCGAAUACCACGGUGAACAACUGAACAGCAAUAGGAGAGUUGAAUGGAAAAGUACGAAACUAACAUACUACACAGUUGAGUAUUCUAAGCACUGUCUUCAAUAGGCGUCAUAUAUGUAUAUGAGGUGAUAUAACAAGAUAACUUAAGUUAUUGAGUUUUAAGGAUGUUAUCAUAUUUCUUCGUUAUGCAAUGGUAAUCAAGUCCGUUCAAAUACAGUUCAGCGAGGCUUAAAAGUUGCCAAAGCGUAUAACAUUUUAUA